AUGGCGACGAGCGGGUUCAUCGAACCACUAAGAAUACAAGGCAAUCAAAAGGGAAUAAAUGAUUGGAUCGAGCGAUUCGAGACGACGGUUUCACUCCAACCAGGAUUAAUAGCAGAGACCGAUGCCAGCAAGUAUGAAACAACAAAAAAGAAGUACCUUAUAAGCACAUUAGGUCCAGAGAGCUACUCACUUCUAAAAGCAACAAUCGCUCCAACAACCAUGUCAGCGGCUUCUUUUAAAACAUUGAAGGACAAUUUGAAGAGUUUAGCACCGAGACCAUCAGUUAUCUCAGAAUCAUUCAAGUUGAACACUUUAACUCAAUCACCAGAUGAGGAACUUGCUGUGUAUAUGGGUAGAGUGAAACUGACUGCACAAAACUGUGACUAUGGAGAUGCAUUUGAUAGAAUUGUUAGAGACAAAUUCAUUUGUGGUUUAAGAGACGAGAGGAUCAAGGUAUCAUUGAUCAAUGACAGUGAGGUUAAAACCUCAGCGGAUGCGCUCACGAAAGCCAUCGAGAAGCAGACUUCAUCGGCAGUGGCACAGAAUAUGUCGGCUGUACAUUACGUGUCUAAUCAGAGAGGGGCACGAAGGGAGUCUGAUCAGUAUUCCAGUAGGAGUACCAGUUCGAAAUCACAGAGACGUUUAAAUGCUAAGAAGUGCAACAAGUGCACAGUGUUCGGUCAUGUAGCAGCCGAGUGCAGGACUGUUUGUAGACAUUGUCAGAAAAUCGGUCAUAUCAAAAAGAACUGUUUUAGCCUCAACAAGAAACAGCGUACACCAACUCAUCACAUCAGUACAGAACCUGAAUCAGAUUCAACGCAACCAACAUCAUCCAACGAACCUACAGUUAACUCUUCUACACCGUACGAGUAUUUACACCAGAUUAACUGUAAGUCGAUAGAUAGUGUGAAACCUAAUGCUGAUAUUGCUGAAUUGCAUGCUAUUUCUGUUGAUUUUACAUGCGCUGAAAGUGUUAAUAUUUCUGUUAAUUCUACUGACUUAGGUUAUAGCACUAGUUCUAAUAAACCUUUUUUGAAAGUGCUGAUUAAUGGUAGAUAUUUAGACAUGGAACUAGAUUCGGGAUCGUCUAUUUCGUUGAUAAGUAGAGCUAACUUUGAUAAGUUGAAUUUGACUGGAUGUCAUCUGGAGAAUUGUGUAGAUAAACAGUUAGUUCUAGCAGAUAACCGAGUCGUUCGCACUUCCAUGAAACGCUGCCUGGUCGAAGUUAAGUAUAGGGACAUUCUCAAAGAGUUACGUUUGUAUGUGAUUGAUGGAACUUUCCAGACACUGUUAGGGUCGGAUUGGGUCCAUGCUCUGUUCGGUUCAGAUUGGCUUAAGAGGAUAGUAGAUACUCCGAGAGUGAACUUUGCUGGUACUGUAGAGCAAAGAAGAAUAGCCUUCAUAGAAUCACUGAAGAACCGAGAGACGUUUAAAACUGGAAUAGGGCAAGUCAAGAAGUUUGAAGCUAAGUUAAAUCUGAAACCUGAGCACCGUCCAAAGUUUUGUGCUGCUCGGAAGAUUCCGUACUCGUUGAAGGAACGAGUAGGUCUGACUCUAGAUAAUAUGGAGAAAGAUAGUCGAUUGGUAAAGAUCGACACUUCGGAUUAUGCUUCGCCCAUAGUACCUAUAGUCAAGAAAGAUAACACUAUUCGUAUUUGUGGAGACUAUAAGGGGACUCUCAACCCGGAAAUCGAUUCUAAAGUAUACCCCUUGCCUGUAGUUGAAGAUUGUUUUGUUGAGAUGAAGGGAGGAAGAAUCUUCACUCGAUUGGACAUCAAGCAAGCUUACAACCAGAUCAUGCUUAGAGAGUGUGACCAGAUUUUAACGACGAUUAACACACAUCAAGGACUCUAUAAGUGGACUGUGUUAUCGUACGGACUAGCGCCUGCUGGAGGGAUUUUCCAGGCAGCUAUGGAUGAAGUCUUGAAAGGACUGAAAGGAGUCACAUGUAGAGUUGAUGAUAUUCUCAUCAAGGGCAACGAGUUUGACGACCACGUAGAGAGAGUUUUGGAGGUUAUCCAAAGACUAGAAGACGAGGGAUUCCGCUGUAAUUGGGAAAAAUCGGAAUUUUGUGUAAGAGUAAAGUGGAGACACUAG